CCUGGUUGGGAGCUUCUGGAGACACAUGAUAUGUCAGGUCCCAGACAAAACCAGAUCCUGCCUCCUCUUCCUCCUGGCUGGGAGGAGAGGCAAGAUAAUCUGGGAAGGAUCUACUAUGUUAAUCAUGAAACCAGAACCACACAAUGGCAACGGCCCACCACGCAAGACGGCAAUUUGGAAGUUCAACGAAGACAUAACAGUAAUACGGAUGCGGCGCAUGUUUUCAUAACACGCAGACAGAUCUCAGAACAUGAGGAUAGCACGCAAGAGUCUCCAGAGAGCUGGGAGAUCAUUACAGAGGAUGAUUCCACCCAGUACCACAGUAGUAACCAGCUCAGAUCACCUUCACCCCGCACCCCAGUGGAGUUCCACUCAGUGUGCGAUGAAAUGAGGAUCGUUAACAUCGCUGCCGCAGCUGGCGAGCAGCGCCCCUCCCAGAUCGAUCACAGCAGUAAUUCAAGGCAUUCCAGUCGCAGAGGAAGUGCCCAGACCUCAACAGGAGAGGAACAUCCUGCUAAUCCUGUGCUGCUUCCAACCUCAACUGGGUUACCUCCAGGCUGGGAGGAAAAGCGAGAUAGUAAAGGAAGACGCUACUUUAUCAACCACAACAACCGAACCACUACAUGGACACGACCUCUCGUGCAGAGAACUUCAGAGGCAGCACCAGCACCAUCAGCACCGUCAGCAGCAGCAGCAGCAGCAGCAGCGGCACAGAGUAGUGCAGGCUUAUCACAAAGCCCUACACCACCCCAACCAUCAGCAGCAACAGAGGAGUCUCCUCAGCACACUCCAAGCCCCGAGGCCACGCGAGAAUCUGGCUUCCUGCCGCUCGGUUGGGAAGUUCGCAGUGCACCCAAUGGAAGGCCGUUUUUCAUCGACCACACUACCAAGACAACUACCUGGGAAGAUCCCAGGAUAAGGAUUCCUGUACAAAUGAGGAGGAGAUCCUCGCUUGAUCCUUCCGAUCUUGGCCCUCUGCCGCCUGGCUGGGAGGAGAGGGUCCACAGUGAUGGCAGGGUCUUCUACAUAGAUCACAACACAAAGAACACACAAUGGGAAGAUCCCAGAUUGCAGAACGCUGCUAUAACUGGACCAGCAGUGCCUUACUCUAGAGACUACAAACAGAAGUAUGACUACUUCAAGAAGAAGCUGAAGAAACCGGCGGACAUCCCAAACCGCUUUGAGAUGAAGCUGAAACGAAAUGCAGUGCUGGAGGACUCAUACCGACGCAUCCUCUCGGUCAAGAGGCCAGACCUGUUGAAGGCACGACUGUGGGUGGAGUUUGAUGGAGAAAAAGGACUGGACUACGGUGGCGUGGCCAGGGAGUGGUUCUUCCUCAUGUCCAAAGAGAUGUUCAACCCGUACUACGGGCUAUUCGAGUAUUCCGCCACGGACAACUACACACUGCAGAUUAACCCCAACUCAGGUUUAUGCAACGAGGACCACCUGACCUACUUCAAGUUCAUCGGUCGCGUGGCAGGCAUGGCUGUGUUUCACGGCAAACUCCUCGAUGCUUUCUUCAUUCGGCCCUUCUACAAGAUGAUGCUGGGGAAGCCAAUCACCCUCCAGGACAUGGAGUCUGUUGACGGUGAAUAUUUCAACUCCCUGAAGUGGAUUUUGGAGAACGACCCAACGGACUUGGACAUGAGGUUCACUAUUGAUGAAGAGCUGUUUGGACAGACUCACCAGCAUGACCUGAAACCCGAUGGCUCAGAGAUUGUCGUCACCAAUGAAAACAAGGAUGAAUACAUCCACCUGGUGAUUCAGUGGAGGUUUGUGAACAGAAUACAGAAGCAGAUGACUGCCUUCAAGGAGGGCUUCUUUGAGUUGGUACCGCAAGAUCUGAUCAAGAUCUUUGAUGAGAAUGAGCUCGAGCUGCUCAUGUGUGGUCUUGGAGAUGUGGACGUGAACGACUGGAGAGCGAACACAAAGUAUAAGAACGGCUACUGCUCCAACCACAUGGUUAUCCUGUGGUUUUGGAAGGCGGUGCUGCUGAUGGAUGCAGAAAAGCGAAUCCGGCUCUUACAGUUUGUGACGGGAACAUCCAGGGUCCCGAUGAAUGGCUUUGCUGAACUCUAUGGCUCUAAUGGACCGCAGCUCUUCACCAUCGAGCUUUGGGGAACACGUGAAAAACUUCCCAGGGCCCACACAUGCUUUAAUCGGCUGGACCUUCCUCCGUACGAGUCCUUUGAGGAACUGAGGGAGAAGCUUAACAUCGCUAUAGAGAAUGCACAAGGCUUCGACGGGGUGGAUUAGUGCAUACGUGGGAAAUGAGCUGAACUGACAUUGCUGUCAUUGGAGUAAAGCAAAGCUGCGUGAUGCCCCUGGGAAAAAAUACAAAAACAACAACAACAACAAAAAAGCUGUGUAUCAGACUCAGGUUUUAACCUGCCGGCUGUGAAGAUGGAGAGCAACAAGACUCACAUGAGUCCUCUGUCGGGGCCCAGCUGAAGAAAAGACAUGAAAUCUGGAGUGAUGGAGGUGUUUUUACGUCACCCUGCGUGUUGUAAAGUUUACAAAUCAGGUUAUCCUAGUAUUUAAUUCUCUGAUGCAAGUCGCUCAAAGGUGUAUUCACUCUUAUUUGUUCUGCGAAAAUGCUCAUAUAUUUAAAUAACUUGAUUCUGUGAAGCGAUAAGAGUAUCUGAAUGUGAAUAACAGCUGUACAGUUUAUGAUAAAAACCUACAUUUUAAAAAUGGACGUUUGAUUUAGUUUUACUCACUUUUUGCCCAGCCACAUGCAUAAAGACAGAUGUGUACACACAUCCUUUCAGUCAGAUUGUCCUCUCUUAAUAACAUCAGUGUUUGAAACUGUAAAUACAUAAACAAGUCUUUCCACUGCAUCUUUAGACAUGAAUGGAUGUAACCACUCUUUUUUUUGUUUUGGGGUUUUUUGGGGGUUUUGUUAAUGAAACCACUGUUUGCACCUCAGGUUAUUUAAUUUGGCCAUUUAAAAAAGGGUAGUUGUACCAAAUGUGAAACUGAGGAACUGAUCAGAGAUGGCAGGGGAAGAGCAGGAUUAUGUGAUGGACCCAUUUGUGGAAUCAAAAGCUGCAAGAAAAUCUGCAUCAGAAGAAAGGUGAAAGUUCAGAGGAAGAAAAAUCCUGGCCGAGUUCUAGAAACAAGAAAGCUCAUCUGUUUGUACAUUACACACUGCCUUAGUUAUUAAUAAUAGUAGUAGGUGUUUAAUGUUAGUAAGUCAUUUCCACUUCAUCAGGCCCCAUUUUCUCUAUAAAAACAUGUGAAUGAAUAGUCUGAAUUACGCCUGAGGUGCACACAAAACUCAUUCUUUCUUUGUAGUAAACCGGAGCUCACGGCUUUUGUGCGUGCUUGUUUAUACAGUCGUGUUCAGCUCAUUUUGGGUCUUAUGUUGUCACUUUAUUACAUGCAGGUCCUUCAUGCUCGGUGUAAAAACUAUUGCGCUCUAGCAAAGGCAAGAAUUUAAUGCUUAAAAAAAAAAAGCCAUGCUCGCCACUUAAUUUGUCUCCAUUGCUGUUAAACACUAAUUGGGUGUUUCUGUUCAACAGUUUAAAAUGUCCUUAAACAACAAAAAAGAUUAAACUUUUUUUUUCAUUUAGUUUCUUUUUAUUUAUUUUUUUACUUUUUUUCCAUUCCAGUUUUUUUUUUGAAGCACUGAUGCAGUGUCCCAAAUAUAUAUAUGUAUAGACCUCAGAAGCAUUUCUAGCAGAAAAUGUGCAGGUUACGUGGGAAUGUGAGCGACUGCCGUCAGUCAGUUUGGUGAAUCAUUGUGGUCGUGAUGUGUAAAAACCCGGACCAGUAACAGACUAAAUACGCUCUUGUCUGUGUGCAGAUUUGGAGAAGUGACUGUCUGCAGUGUUGGACUGUGCUGAUUUACUAUGCAAAUGUGACUGCAUUUGUUUAAACUGCCACUCGGGAGUUGCUCGGUGUUGUCGAACAGGUCUCGAUGCAUCUCUACAGUCAGUAUCUGUUCUUGUUCGUUCGAUAGCUCCUCGCGCUCAAGUUCAACACUGACUGUUUAUAAAGCAGAAGAAUAAAUAGAUGUACAUUAACGUUAGAGCUCCUUAGCUUUGCAUAAACGUUAGCAGACAGACUGACUUAUACAGUUUUAAUACGGCGUGUUAGAUUUUAUGCUUUGAUUUUUGUCAGUGAAUGACAUUUUAUUGUCUUCUACUCAUCAAGGGUGUCUAAUUGCAGCAAAGUGCUCUAUUUUUAAGAGUGCAAUUUACAAAAACAUAUAUAUAUAUUGUUGGUUGUUAAAAUGUGUACAGAUUGUUCUUUUCAAAAUUAAUUACUUGUAGUACCUUUUGUAUGCAGUUACUUUGUGAGAAAGUAACUGUGCUUAAGCCGUACUUUGAACUUUUUCUGAACGGUAAGACACGUGUUUACAUAACUGCCGUGUUUACAGGUCGGUGAUGAAAGGAAAGAAAGUUGUGGGCUGGUUUUUGUCUCUGACGACAGUUUUAUAUACCUAUUCUUUUAUAAAGUGAAGCACUUUGUUAAUAUUGAUGAGUCUUACUUCUGAAAUCUUUGCCAAUCUGUUGCCUGCAUAAAUCUCUCUUUAAAAUCAUUAUCCGAUGCUUUAAGCGCACAUCUCUUCAGAUGUUUACAUGUGAGCAUUGCUGAGAGCAUUUUUUUUGCAGAGAAAAGCACAUUCUCUCCUUUCAAUGGUAUUUAAAUACCAAUGCCUUUUAUUUGUCAUGUGUCAUUGAAUUCGCUGGUCUAUGAAAUGAAUAGACAUCCUGUUGCCUACUGAAGACUAAUUAAUACAUACUUCAUUUCGGAUAUAUCAAACUUUGUUAUUAUAACACCUGUAAGUGCAUUAAAUCAUCGAUGGUGUAUGUAAAACAUUUUAAAGGGCAGAACAAACUGUAGCUGUUAAAUCCCAAUGUGAUGGCCUAUAACACAGAAUAUAAAUGUAUUGGAAAAAUAAAGACAUGUAAAAACACUUA